CGUAAUUUAUGCUUUUUGCAUCUUUUAGGAGGACAAAUCACGUGUGGAAAUCUUUCAUAGCUAUGCUCGAAAGCAGAAACGUACCCCGUGGUCGUGGUUUUUGGGAAUUCUGGAACGGCAAGAUGGAUUCACCAUUAAUCAGAUGUCAUCGGUGCUAGCAAAAUUUGCAUGUUUUGGCAGCACACUGAUGGAAGGGGCCGAUCUCAACUUCUACAUAUCGUUUCUGAAGAAUCAGCUCCGCACACCGGGCAAUGAAUAUAUCAACACAACAGCACGAUGCCUACAAAUGAUGCUUCGAAUUGACGACAUAUUAUCGGCACUGAUUGGCAAAACGAAUUUCCAGCUUCAAUAUCAACUAAUUUUUUCGCUCUGGUGUCUCACUUUCAAUCCAGCUAUAGCUGAGAAAUUUCCACAAACCGGUGCUAUCCAAGUGCUCGGUGAUAUCCUCUCGGAAUCCAGCAAAGAAAAGAAAAUUGAUGAUCGAGAAAUUGAGCGAGCCGCAGCCCUACAAAUGGUCCAAUUCAAAACGUUAAAAACGCUCGAAUUAAUGGAUUCGAAGAAAUUCGAUGAUCCAGAACUUCAGGAUGACAUCGAAUUCCUCAGCGAUACACUGCAUACUUCAGUGCAGGAUCUUUCAUCAUUUGACGAAUAUGUCACAGAGGUAAAGUCAGGUCGAUUACAGUGGAGCCCGGUGCAUAAAUCAGAGAAAUUUUGGCGAGAAAAUGCCCAGAGAUUUAAUGAAAAAGAUUUUGAGCUUCUGAAAAUUUUGAUUAAAAUUUUGGAAGCGCAAUCCGAUACACUGGCUCUAUGUGUCGCAGCGCAUGAUAUUGGAGAAUAUGUGAGGCACUAUCCGAGAGGCAAAAAGUAUGCAAUGAUGCGAUUGCUGUCAGCGGAAGAUCCGAAUGUACGCUAUCAUGCAUUGCUCGCAAUCCAGAAACUAAUGGUCCACAACUGGGAAUAUCUCGACAAACAGCUCGACGUUCCUGAAAAAGAUCCUGCCGCUGGUGCUGCUGCUGUUGCCUGAAA